AUGGCCUCAUAUUCCAUACCUCGUCAUUUCGUACACACUUGGCUCUAUACUACAUCACACACUCGCGGAUUACGGAUACAACUCAUUCUCGCUAUUGUAUCUUGCCUUGCCUUGCCGUGCCUUGCCCUACUUACGAAUUGCCUACAUAUGCCCGGUGGCAUAGGUAUGGUGGUGCCAUCAAUGUCCUUUCUCGGUACGCCGUUGAGGCUCACUUUAUGA